AUGCGGGGCGCGGGGCAGGCGAUGCGGGGCUCGGGGCAGGCGAUGCGGGGCGCGGGGCAGGCGAUGCGGGGAGCGGGGCAGGCGGUGCGGGGCUCGGGGCAGGCGGUGCGGGGCGCGGGGCAGGCGAUGCGGGGCUCGGGGCAGGCGGUGCGGGGCGCGGGGCAGGCGAUGCGGGGCUCGGGGCAGGCGGCGGCCGCCAACGCGCGGGAGCGGGACCGCACACACAGCGUCAACACGGCCUUCGGCGCCCUCCGCAGGCUCAUCCCCACCCGCCCGGCCGACCGCCGCCUCUCCAAGGUGGAGACGCUGCGCCUGGCGUCCAGCUACAUCUCGCACCUGGCCAACGUGCUGCUGCUGCAGCAGCGCCGGCAGGACGAGGCGGCGGCCGCCGAGCAGCCCGGCCCGCAGCCCGCUCAGCCCGUUCAGCCCGCUCAGCCCGUCCAGCCCGCUCAGCCCUGCCCGCAGCUCUCUCAGCCCGCUCAGCCCUGCCCGCAGCUCUCUCAGCCCUCUCAGCUCUCUCAGCCCUGCUCGCCACCAGGUGCCUCCGCGCCUCGCUCCAUCUGCACCUUCUGCCUCAGCGACCAGCGGCAGCGGCACCGAGAAAAAGAGAAACCACCACCUGGUCCAGCCGUAACCAGACUCUGAACAGGCUGAGGGUCUCGCACGACUCCUGCUCUGACUGUACCACUGCUCUGGGUAACAUCGCCUCACUCGUACUGCAUGUUUACAUUUAGAUAGCACAGUUCUGAGAGUUACUUUCUAAGUCUCUGCACUUUGUUUCAUAUUGUGAGGGGUUUUAUCAGGGUGUUUUGCAAAUGAAAUUCACUGCCUCUGUUGAGACGGUUGCACCUGGCGCGGCAGCUAUUUUAGCGCGAGAAAUGUUAAACCUCAGCAGCCAAGCCCUGAUCCUGAUGCCUCCCAAACCUGUGUCGCAUGAUGAAACUUGAACUUCCAAACACACGGUGUCCCCUGCCAGGGGACGCUGCCAUGAACACGCCGUGCCCUCCGCCUCCAGCCCAGCCCGGGCUGCACGCAGCGCUGCCGCCCACUCCUCCAGCUGCACUCCGGUCCUUGGGGACAGCGGCUGAUGCGACAGCUGAAGUGCUUCAGAGGUCUCAACGAUGCUGAAAGAUUAUUUUGAGGUGUUCACAGAAAGUCGGAAAACUUCCAGUGAAAGCAGCCCCGUUGUGCACAGGCGCAGCAGCACACGGCACGGGACGCAGCCAGAGCAGGAGAGGAAAGGGGAGAUGUGCAGUGUAAACGAUGCUCUUCCCUCAUUAACACUGCCAGUCCUGCCAGCCCUUUAAAUAGCACGGGAUAUUCCUAAAUCUGUCUGGCGAGGAGGGUUUCCCAAGGGCUUUUAGCCAUCACUCAGGUCGUUCCAUAGUUGUGCCCUGUACAUCACUGAGGUUGUUUAUCUCCCCUUAGUUUACUAACUGGUAUAUUUCUUUUUCAGAACUUUAAAAGGCAAAUAAGGAUUUUCUGUUUCCAGAUUUGGACAUUAAUGAAGCAGCAAGCUAAAAUCAUGAAUCCCAGUAAUGCUGGAUUCUAAGAAACACAGAGAUAGUUUAAUUUUGCAAUGUUUUUAUAGAUAUUUAUAAUAUAAUUAAUUAGGCUUUAAUUAAUCUUAACUUCUUACUUUGGGAGGCACUCUGUACAAGAAAUACUGCAAGGAAAACGUGUCUCCUUUUCCCUCCCCUGAUGCCAUCUGUGCAGUGCUCCUGGCCAGCCUUGCUGCUCUGGCCAAACAUGAGGGCUGAAGAAGCAGCCCUGUGUUGUUCACUUUUUUUUCUGUUCAGAGUCUUCUCUUCUUGCUCUACACAAGUGCAAAGCAAAUUCUGGAAGUUGUUAUGAAGAACUUGGCAAGUGCAAGGUUGUGGUGUAGCCCUAAACUUCACCUUUUUAGUUUCCCUUCUCCCCUGCCCAACAUAGUGGCUGCUUUUGCUGUAGCAAAAUGAAGAAAAAUCUGCUUAUGAACACAUUAAACCAAAGCAUCUCAUCUCUUUAUAGACAAUUAACGCUAAUUUAUUCAUUUAGCUGCAUCAUUUUAUAUGAUAGCCUAAAAUGAAAAAACAUAAUGCAGUUUCAAACAAUUUUAGGAAAAUUUUGCAUUGGGUAUGCUCUGAAUUUUGAAAUUUGUAAUUUCUUUCAGGUUCUCAAAAUGCUGUGAUUUUAUUGCAGUUUUAAGAGUUUUUAGUACAGAUCUUGGCAAAUGAAGUAUAUUUGGAUUUAAUAAGAUAUUUUUUUACUUAGUUAUUAAAGAAAAUGAGAACAAAAUAUGAGGUCAACUUUUGUACCAAAGCAUGAGCUGAAGUCUCAUAACUUGAAGCUCUCGUUAAUAACUUCUACAAUCCUACAGGAGUUUGGUGUUCUUCCUAUAAAUGUGCUUUUAUCUCCCUAGUUUUGUAAAGUGUUUAUACAAGAUGCUUUUCAAUGACAAAAUCAGAACUUAGCCUUCUCUCCUGUAUUAUGUGGCUCAGUGUAACAUUAAAUUCUUCUCUCUUUACUCAGGAUAAACUGUUGAAUUCAACUGGGCUUGAAGAUUUUCUCAGGGUUUCAAUUACUAAAAAAUACAGGAAUUUCAGUAACACCGAUUGAUCGUGGCAGAAAUUAGACUCCAGAGCACUGUGCCUCAAAUAUUUUUGGUAUAGACAGAUAAUGUCUAUCCAAAGCAAUUAUAGCAGUGAUUUCUCUGAGGAAUGUUUAUAUAUGUGUAACUCUGUGUAUUUAAAUGAGGAAAACUGGGGGCAAAUCCUUAACUUUGCUGAAAUUUAUUUGUAAUGCAGAACUUCUCUAAUCCCAGGUGGGAAAAAAAAAAAAAAAAAAAGAUUGAGCUGUUACUCUGUAAUGGGUUUUCUAUAAAUCAAGGGAAAAAGAAUUUAAUUUCUGGAGACACAGAUGAAUUGAGGGCUCAGAUUGCACAUAUAAAGAGCUCAUUAGGUUUUUACUGUAUGAGCUUGUGUGUUUUACCAAUCCUAUGUUUUUAAUCAUGGAGCAUCCUUAUUCAUGGAAUGAACACAAAAUCUUGAGGGUGUCUGAGAGCAAGUGCCUUACUUGAUGGUGAGGCAUUGGAAUGAUAUGAGUUUUCCAGAGGUGCCAAACAGCCUCUUGUUCUGCAGAUACUGGGGUUUGACCAAUUGGGCUAUUUUAUUUGUAAGUGCAUUCUGCUCUGUAUGUAUGGCAUGCUGAUGCCAAUCCCAGCUUUGUUUUCCUGUAAACACUUGGCUAUUCAAUUUACAUGAUGCAUGAAUAAAGCAGAAACAGUGAGAUAUACACCAUUUGGUCUCAGAUCCUAUUAAAUUAUUGUUAAAAUAAUCCAAGCAUAGUACUUUGUAAAAAUCAUUGUACUUAGCCUGCUACAUCACUGUAUAAAAACAGCAUCAAGCAAAGUGAAUAAAUCAUGUUGUUUGAUUUUACUGGUUAAGUUUAAAGAAGUAUUUAAACAUAGUUUUUGGUUAUUUAUGAAUUAAUCAUAAUGUAAGUCAAAGUAGUUUCAUAUGUUAGCUUCUAUUUUCACUUCUGUUCUACCAAACAGAAGUUUCCUUUCAUGGAAAAUCUGCUUCUUUACAAAAAUCUGUUUUUGUUUGCAAAAUGUGAUUAUAUUUGCUAAAAUAAACAGUAUUUUUGUUACUAAUUUAAAGAAUAAACUGCAAACACUAUG